GUCAGAUUAGCUCUUCCCACAAGAACUCUGCAAAAUGAAACACGCUGAAAAACAAACAGAGCUGAUGGAAGAGAACGAGGAGAGUGAAGAGCUGAGUGAAGUGGAGGAGGAAACUUUGAGUCGCUCAAAGACCAAAAAGACAUUUUUAAGGAAAAAAAGAGCCAAGAAAUCUACAACCUGCACUCAGUGUGGAAAGAGUUUCACAAGGAAAUAUGAUCUAAAGAUUCACAUGAGAGUUCACACUGGAGAGAAACCGUUUACGUGCACUGAGUGUGGAAAGAGUUUCACAAAGAAAUAUUAUAUAGAGAUUCAUAUGAGGAGCCACACUGGUGAGAAACCGUUUGCAUGUACUCAGUGUGGAAAGAGUUUCUUAACCAAACGUAAUCUUGAUAUUCACAUGAGAGUUCAUACAGGAGAGAAGCCAUUUACAUGUGGUCAGUGUGGAAAGAGCUUCGCACAAAGACCAGCCCUUAAAGGACACAUGAAGAUCCACACUGGAGAGAAGCCGUUCAAAUGUGAUCAAUGUGGGAAACGUUUCACGAGAUCAAGAAACCUUAAAGACCACAUGAGGAUCCACACCGGAGAGAAGCCAUUCACCUGCACUCAGUGCGGAAAGAGUUUCACGUGGAAAUAUAAUCUAGAGAUUCACAUGAGGAUCCACACUGGAGAGAAGCCGUUCAGAUGCGAUCAGUGUGGAAAGAGUUUCUCAUGUAAACCACAUCUUGACCUUCACCUAAGAGUUCAUACCGGGGAAAAGCCGUUUAUGUGUGAUCGUUGUAAAAGGAGAUUCUCAAACAAACAACUACUAGAGCUUCACUUGAGAAUUCAUACUGGAGAAAAACCCUUCACAUGUGAUCAGUGUGGGAAGAGCUUUAGACAAAAACCAGGUCUUACAGAGCACAUGAGGAUCCACACUGGAGAGAAGCCAUAUGUAUGUGAACAAUGUGAAAACUAUUUCUCAUCCAAACAUAGUCUUGAUGCUCACAUGAGAGUGCAUACUGGAGAAAGGCCAUUCAAGUGUGACCAAUGUGGGAAACAUUUCACGACUUUAAGAUGCCUUAGGGAACACGUGAUGAUCCACAGUGGAGAAAAGCCGUUUACAUGUGAUCAGUGUGGAGAGAGUUUCAGACGCAAACACAGUCGUGAGAUUCACAUGAGAGUUCACACCGGAGAGAAACCGCAUGUGUGCACUCAGUGUGGGAAGGGUUUCAUCCGUUCAACAAACCUUAAAUCACACAUGAAAAUCCACACUGAAGAGCAGCCGUUCACAUGUGAUCACUGUGAAAGAAGAUUCUCAAACAAACAAAACCUUGAGAGACACAUGAGGAGCCACACCGGAGAGAAGCUGUUCAAAUGUGAUCAGUGUGGCAAAGCAUUUCUUAGGGCGUCAGUCCUGAAGGCACACCUGACAGUUCAUUUGUACAUUUUGUUCAAAGAAAUGUUAUUCACUGCUGUAAAUUGACACAAUUGGUGAAUGUUUUCACACUGUGGCUCUCAUUUGUAAAGUGAGCGUACAAAUUGGGCGCACAUUCAUUUCCAUGCACAAACUCACAUAUAAAAUGUGCAAAUUCUGAUGUUUCUGCAUAGCUUAGAGGUUGUGUUAGCUUGUGUCAUGUAGGAAACAAUGUAAUUGCUUACAGAUUACAUGUCAAACCUGUGCCAUCUACAGUUCCAAACUAGUGAUUUAUAACACAAAUCACCUUUGUGACUUUAAAACAGAUCGUAAUUGUGGACAGCA